CACAUAUCUACUUCAUAGCCUAUUGUCACAUAAUACUUACGGAGGGCAUGAGCAUGUUCUGUGCGUGAGUUUUAAUUUGUUUUGGUGAUACCCCUUGCAUCGAUAGCUGUCCAUGCAAAAUUGCAACAGACUGCGCACCAAACCCUGCUGUUUCCUAAACAUGCAACGCUGAAGGCCUGUAAGAGAAAGUAAUUUACGACUCUCGUCGUCGCCCUAUACAAGUGGCAACUGCCGAUCCUGAUCCUUUAGCGGAGGAGGAGGCCACACCAGAGCAGGCAGAACUGUUAGCAGACAUGAAGCGGCCGGAAGGCUUUGGAGAAAAGUUAUGGCGGUCAGUCGAUAAGAAGCUGUCUUACAGCCUCUCGAGGUAUCGUGGCGUCCUGCUGGUCGUGUCCAUUCCGGUCCUCCUUAUCUUGGCAGUAGUCACGUUGGUUCCACGCGUGUCCCCGCUGCGCGUUGAGCGGCCACAUACCCUCAAGGAGUUGCGGCACGUGGGCCCAGAGGUGCAAACCAAGUACGCCAUAGUCUUCGAUGCAGGAAGCACGGGAAGCCGUGUGCACGUGUUUAGGUUUGAGCAGCGGAGCGGACAGCUGAACCUAAUCAGCGACACCUUCGAGCAGCUGAAGCCUGGCCUCAGCUCCUAUGCGGAAGACCCUGCCAAGGCCGCUGCCUCGCUGCAGCCGCUGCUGGAUACAGCACUCAAGACGGUCCCGGCGAGCCUGCAGGCGUCCACGCCCAUUUCGCUGAAGGCCACGGCGGGACUGCGGUUGCUGCCUGGUGACAAGGCUGAGCGCAUCCUCGCUGCGGUUGAGCAGCUGCUGAAGAAGCAGCCCUUCAAGCUGGCGCCAGGGGGCGUGGCCAUCAUGGAUGGGAAGGAUGAGGGUGCCUUCGCCUGGCUAACGCUCAACUACUUGCUGGGCAAGCUGUCCGGCUCCGCCAGCGACACGGUGGCUGCCAUCGACAUGGGCGGCGGCUCCAUCCAGGAGGCCUUUGCCUUGGAGGCAGCUGACGCAAAGACGGCUCCCAAGGACUACGUGACCGUCCUGCACGGCGCGGGCAAGACCUUCAACGUGUACGUGCACUCGUACCUGGGCUACGGUCUCAUGGCGGGUCGCGCCAAGCUUAUCGAGGCUGGCACCUCGGGCUCCAACGGGUGCUUCGCUACCGGCGCGGCUGGCAAGUACGCCUAUGCUGGCAAGGACUACAGCUAUAAGCCCGCUGGCGACAGCGCGGACUCCAAGAAGUGCAACACGUUGGGCGCUGCGGCCCUGCAGUCCAACCUAACUUGCGGCGCGGAGCAGAUCCAGUGCUCCUUCAACGGCGCCUGGCGCGGCAACGGCCUCAGCAAGGGCCGGCAAUACUAUGUGUCGUCGUACUUCUGGGACCGCGCCGUCGACACAGGCAUCAUCAAGGACCAGAGUGCCACUAUGUGGCCCACCACGCCCAAGGAGUUUGAGGCUAAGGCCGCGGAAGUAUGCAGCCAAGGUCUUGAUGCCGUCACCAAGUCUUACAAGCUGCAACGUGACGCCGCCCAGUUCUUAUGCCUAGACCUCACAUACUGCAACGUAAUGCUUACCAAGGGUUUUAAGCUGGAUCCCUCGAUGAAGGUGACGCUGGUGAAGCAGGUCGAGUACAACGGGCAACACAUAGAAGCUGCUUGGCCACUGGGCGCGGCAAUCAACGACUUGUCUUCAUAAAAACGUUACACCCCUUGCAUGUGGUGGUUUAGAUCGGGCAUAGCAACACUUGUGCAUCGUGCGCUUGCACUUACCACUGCCCAUCACCAAGGUGCACCUGACGUUGCGGCUGGUUAGGGGUUCUUGAACGCAGAGGAUGUUGCACCUUGCAAACGGUUUGUUAGUAGGCUGCGGAGGCCGCAACGCAUCUUAUUUACCAAGGUGACUAUAUAUUACCUAUUGCACGAGGGCAUCAUGCAAGGCGUGCGCCUGUGAGCUGGUUAAUCUAUGGACUUCUGCAUUACAGUGAUUGCAAAGAUAAUGCAUAUGCCUCUUGCGAUCAACACCUAUGUAACGGCGCUUACAACGAUUCACGCGAUUCAACGCAAUUCCGGUAAUCAGUCUAAUCACAAUGUCGGGAAGAUGGGACGUCCCGACUGCCUACCUCCUGCACGUUACCAACAGCCCUAAGUAACAACUGGAAGAAUCACAUGGUUAACUCUUUCCAAUAAGUUAAAGCCGUAUUAAAUUUGCUCCACCGCCAGUACACACCCGCGACGCCCAACUACUGCAUAGCAAGAAAGCGUACUUGUUACCUAACUAUAUUUUUUUUAUGUUACUACACCUCAUUUGUUAGCGCCGACGGACUGGGGGCGACCUUUUCCCUGUAGUCAAUCCUAGAGUCAAAGCUCUUUGGGCUGCCAUCUUCCGUUCCAGCUUUUGCCGGCCGGGAGUAUGGCAGCAUCCGGUGUAGACCUGAAUCAGCUUAAGGCGCGCUUGACGCGGCUUGGCGUGGAUGUGAGAGGUGCCGGGGCUGCACCUCCAAGCCCUCCCUCUCCUCCAGCAGUUGCGCGAAGCCCUAGACAAAAGCCCGCAGAUGGGCGAGGAAUGGACCCAGCAGCGGUCGACAGGGGCAGGAAAGGCAUGGCGGACCUAUUCGAGCGGAUAAGCCGCGUGGAGCGUGCCAUGAGCAGCGCGGAGGCGCAAAGCUCUGCCAUACAGCAGGCGCUUCAGGAGGACCUUGGCGGCCUAGCAGCAAUUGUAGCCGCAGAGGAGGUUGCAGCCCCGCGGAGCCCGAAGCCUGAGCGGGGCGCUGGUAAGAAGGUCAAGGCUGGCGGCAAAACCGCCCGGCAAUCAGCGCUUGCUGUGGGCCCCAGCAAGGGCCUUGGAGCCGCUGUGCGCAACAUGGACCAUAUGCGCAGCAUCCCGGCACACACGCCGCUGUCCAACGUGCUGGCGCAGUUCAAGGAGGCCGAAGCAGCAUGGGCGCACGAAAAGGCUCGCCUGCGCCGCGAGGCCAUCGAGGAGCGCAAGCGUGCCAACAAGCUGGAGCUGGAGUACAAGCGGCAGCAGCGUGUGCUGGAGCACCAGGCGCUCGACAUCAAGGCGCUCAAGACGGCGCUGAAGAGCCGCGACGGCCAGCUGGAGAGCGCCGCGGAGAGGAUACGCGAGCUGGACGGGUCGCUGCACAGGACCCAGGAGGAGUCGGCGCUGGCGAUUGCUGGCCUCAACGCGGAGCGGGACGACCUGAAGGGGCUGCUCAUGGCGGCGCUGCAGCGGCUGGAGGCGGUGAACGAGCUGGUGCAGCGAGCAGACGUCAGCUCGGCCGUCAUGGAGGACAAGCUGCGACAGCUGGAGGAGGAGCGGACGAAGGCGCUGGAGGCGGCGGCGCGGGCUCGCACCGAGGUGGCGGAGCUGGCGGAGAGCCGCCGCAAGCUGCAGUGGCAGUCCAAGCUGCUGGAGAAGAUGUCGGAGGUCCAGCUGAAGCACAACAAGCGCAAGAGCGAGGCCAUCCGGCGGCUGCUGCAUGCGGACGAGCAGGCGGCGGCGGGCGCAGGCUGCCACCCCGCCGCCCUGAUCCCGACUGAGAGAGAGCUCGGGGACGAGAUGUGACGGCGCAGGCUGCUGACCUGAAGCUGGCGUUCAGCCUGGACCUGCUGUAUCGAGGCGAUUACUCUUCACUGGAUAUCCUGGCAUGUGGGUGGCAUACCAUGGGAGUCGGCACGAGCGGUGGCCACAUGCGUGCGUUAUUGAAGAAGCGUUAUUGACGAACUGAGCGAUUGACGUACAUGUAAGCUGAUUGACCCACCCUGGGUGCGAUUAUGACGCUGGACUAUCAAUACUGACCAGCACAGGCGGGCUUCUGGCACCGCGGGCUGUAGCGUACAUGCGAUGUAUGAGUCGUGCUGGUUCUGGCUUGGCCAACAGUCGGCGUGUGUACGACGCCGGUCAGGGUUUCGUGCAGGCCCUCCUGGGACGCCAUCUCGACCUGAGAAUGCAUGGACGACGAUAGAUAUGACGUGCAUAGCAUCUCUGUACAUGGAAUUGCAUAUAAUACCUGUCUCUCUCAAGCAUUUCCGGAAUGUAUGUGUACGGUUAGCGUGGGCAAAGGCACGAAGCCGAGCCAAACUUUAGCAUUUAGACGGCUGUCGUGGCGACUCAUACGUUGCCGAUGUGGAUAGUCCGCCGUGAGUUUGAACUGCUAGUGCCGCUUCACUUGGUACACGCUUGGCUCUAGCUUAUUAAAUCUUAGCGCCAAAAUCGAGUUAUCGUGCAACCGAGUAUUGCCGGUACGUGCGCUAGAUGGUCGGCCACAUGUGAAGUGAUGCCGCUGACGAGGGGAAUCCUGGCACUGUGUAAGCAGCAUGGCUGCAGGAGCUCUGUCUACGCAGCACGAGGUAGCGAUUCCUGUUCGUUACAGGCUCGGCACAGCAGCCGUACGCUAUUCUGUGCCAAGCAGCCCGCCAUCCCGUUUAGAGGGUGCUCCUGCAAUUUGCCGUGCCGCAUGUCCCCGUUACACCCUAACACAUGCCAGCACCUCUUCCUUCACCGCGCCUUCUUUGGCGCGCCCACUGAGCAGCGCACUCCCCCGUGUCAAGCCCCUUCAUUUCCACCACCCACAAACACAUCUGC